CUGCAUGCUGAGAAAGAUCUGGGCAGUUUGACCGUUGGUAAACAAGCUGAUUUAUUGACCCUCGGUGAAAAUCCUUACAAUGUUGAUCCAUUAAAACUGGGAAAUAUUCCAGUUCUGGGAACAUUCGUUGCUGGACGAAUAAACAAGAACCUGUUGGAGUUGGAAGACCAAAAUGGAAUAUAUGUCAUCAAGAAGAAAGCUGGCCAAAUUAAAGAAGAAUAA